GCACCCGAUCAAGAGACCAGCUUAAAAACAGAGUCUUGCUCUUGGCGUGUGCUCUGAGCGAUAGAGAGCUGAGAGAGAUGGUAGGAACAAAAUUGGCGUCCCCGAUCCCAGUGAUAGAGUUCUCCGAGGAAUGCAUGAAACCGGGGACAAGUUCAUGGGAAAAAGCUUGCAAAGUGAUCGUGCAGGCUCUUGAGGAUCAUGGGUGCUUCAUCGUGGAUCACCCCAAUGUCCCUCUUGGCCUUCAUGACUCUGUCUUUAGCGUCACCGAGGAUCUCUUCGACCUCCCCCAUGAAAACAAGAUCAAGAACACCAACCUCAAGCCAUCCCAUGGCUAUAUCCCCAAAGUCCCCGGGACUCCUCUCCUCGAGGGCAUGAACAUCGAUGGCGCUGAGAAGCUUGAAGUGUGCGAAAAGUUCACCUCUCUCAUGUGGCCCUCUGGGAAUGAUCACUUCUGCAAAACUGUUCAUGACUAUGGCAAAUUCAUAGCUGAGAUAGAGAAAGUAGUGCUCAGGAUGGUCUGCGAGAGUUAUGGUGUCGAGAAAUGCUAUGACCCUUACAUCGAAUCCUGCACGUACCUCCUACGAUUCUUGAAGUACAAGAAGCCGGCAGACCUCGACGCCAGUGUGAACCCGAUUGCUCAUACGGACAAGAGCUUCUUGUCCUACUUGCACCAGAACAACAUUAGAGGCUUGGAAGUGAGGACCAAAGAUGGCGAGUGGUUCACUUUCGAGCCCUCAGUGUCGACUUUCAUGGUCAUGGCCGGUGAUGCAUGUGUGGCAUGGAGCAAUGAAAAGAUCAAAGCUUGUUACCACCGAGUGGCGGUUAGAGAAGAGAGUCAAGUGAGAUACUCUCUCGGGACAUUCUCGUACGUCUCGGGAACGAUCGAGACCCCCAAGGAGUUCAUCGAUGAAGCACACCCUCAGCAAUACAAGCCCUUCAAUCACAUCGAUUUCCUCUGCUACUACGACUCUAGUGACAACCGCAUCAAGGCCGAGAGCCUCAUCAAGACCUACUGCGGAGUUCGGGCCAAUUAGCGCUCAUGAUUAAUUUAGAAGGAAUGGAGUAUACGCCUCUUAGUGUGAAAUAAGGUGAGACUGAGGAGAUUGCGGUCUCUCAGUCUUCUUUGUUCUGUUUUUGUGAAAUAAAGAGGCAUAAAAAAGUCAAAGGUGAUUGAUGUAGAGGUUUUUUAAGGCAAGGUUCUUGCAGCAAAUCGGGUCCAACUUUUCUUGCGAUGUAAUCCACCCACGUUACGAAAUUAUUGGAGCUUCCGUUGUCUCUUUCCAACAAGUGAUUUGAUUUCCUUGCU